CCCAAACAGAAGACAGGUCGUUCAUUUCAUAGAAUGGCAGUUUUAAAGCAUUUGUCUCUUAGAUUAUGUCGGUGGAGCCAGUAUGUUUAUUGGCAGAAGUAUUUUGGCAAGGCAUGUUCUACUUCUGCGGAAAACAACGCCUCUACGUUGAGAACUUCAGACUUGGUGAAAAAUCACUCUUCUGACAGUGAUAGGUGCAUGGAUGGCCAAUUGCGGCUAGCUGGGGAUCAGAGUGAGGAGGAUUCAGGUGGACGAGAUCACAGCCAGAAUGAAAGGGCUCUGCAUCAUGACCAGGUGGUGGAGAAGGUGCCAGAAUUGUUAUACAAGAGAUAUCUGAUGUCCCCUGACACACCUCCCGAUGGCAAGUUGUUGAAGGUGGCCAUCCUUGGAGCCCCAAAUGCUGGCAAGUCAACGUUCAUCAACAAGCUUGUUGGCUGGAAGGUGAACUCUGUUUCGAAGAAGGUCCACACGACUAAGGGGAACACAAACACAGCAAUGAUAGUUGACAACACACAAUUAGUGUUUAUAGAUACACCAGGAGUGAUAACACAGGCAGAAAAAAGGAAACACAAAGUGGAGGUGUGGUUGGAGAAAGAACCAGAAAGGAGCUUGCAUGAGGCAGAUAUAGUCGGAAUAAUUGUUGAUGGAGGAAACACAUGGACGCGGAAUACUCUCCAUCCAGGGAUCAUAAAGGCCCUGUAUCUGUACAAGGACAUGCCGGCAUUCCUCAUCAUCAACAAGGUUGACAGUCUACCAAAAAAGCUGGUGCUACUGCAGACAAUAAAGCACCUAACGAGGGGACUGGUGGGCAACAAAUCAAUCUACACCAACCCUUACCGUCCCGACAAACCCUUGCCAAAGGAGCCUGAGCAACUCUUCCAGCACCUUGAAAAGAAAUACGGUAAACUGAGAGUGGAUCCUGGCUGGGAAGAGGCCGAACAGACCAAUGAGGGGAAAGAACAGGCCUACAAUGGGGCUAAGACCGAGGCAGCUGGCGCAGGGGAGGCUUAUCGAAGUAAAUCAGUGGGAAAAGAUGCGGAUAAGAAAAAAAGCAGCCUCGUGGGCCUGAAAAUUGUUACCUUGAAGGACUUAAAAGUAAAAGAAAAAGAUUCCUUUGAUAAUGAAAACAGUUUGGCUGAAAUAUUAACAGACCCAAUUGAAUCACAGACACACACAACUGAGGGCAAGGCUAAACUUGAAACCAGUCCAAGUGUAUCUGAAAGAAAUUUAAAUGCUAAGCGUGGUAUGCUGCAACAUAGCACAGCUAUUUCAGUGGAAAGCUACCAGUCUGACUUCGUGAAGCAUUUGUUAUCAGUGCACCACCCGGAAUAUGACCUGAAGCCAUCUGCAGUUGAGUCAGAGGAGGAGUGCCAGCAGCAGGAGCUAUUACGGGAGGCUGAGAUCGCUUCAAGGACAAUUACCAGCUGGCCUCACUUUAAACAGGUCUUCAUUAUCUCAGCACUGGAUGGAACAGGUGUUGAGGAUGUUAAGGAGUACCUGUUAUCAGCAGCCCGUCCUGGCCAGUGGCUGUAUCACAGCAGUGUGAUUACAGAGCAGCACCCAUACGAGACUGCAAAGAUGUGCAUCAGACAGGCGCUACUGGACAAUGUUCAUGGCUGGCUGCCAUAUAGGAUUGACCCUUUGAUCAGCCACUGGGAUGUUUCCAGCGAUGACACUCUGCAUUUGUCAAUAGACAUCAAUGUCAAGUCUUCAAAUCACAUGGGUCUUAUUGUGGGAAUGAACUCGGACACGAUCAAAGCUGUAUCAUACGAUGCCAAACAGGCAUUGAUGGAUGCCUUUCACUGCGAUGUGAAGUUGCGUCUCUCUGUCACAGUGAAAAAAGCCCGGGCAGGCCAUGACCGUAACAUCACCUUCUAUUGAGCAACACCCACUUGCACUACUGCAACCUCACAUUCUACUUAACUACACUCACCUGUAGGACUGUAACAUAAUCUACAACUGAGCUAAAUGCACCUGUACGCCCGUAACAUCAUCUUCUACUGAGCUACUGUCACCUGUACGACUGUCACAUCACCUUCUACUGAGCUACUGUCACCUGUACGACUGUCACAUCACCUUCUACUGAGCUACUGUCACCUGUACGACUGUCACAUCACCUUCUACUGAGCUACUGUCACCUGUAUGACCGUAAUAUCACCUACUGAACUACACUCACCUGUACGCCUGUAACAUCACCAUCUGGAGAACUACACUACUCACCUGCAGCUUCCUAGCUUGAAAAUUUGGAAUUUGUUACGUUAGAAUCUGGACAUUUACUGGCCAACCUAGUUUGACACGUCCUCGCUUUUGUUCAAUUUGUGUCUUAAAUCCCUGAAAAUUUAUUUCUGGGGUCGCACAAUUUUGUUUCCUCUGGAUUAUUAUUUUACAUUAUUAAAGUUAUAAUUAAAUAAAGAAUUGAGUUGAAUAACAUUUGUAGGUGUCAUUUAUUUUCUAUAAAUUUGGAACAUUUUUUCAUUAAUUUUCAAACAGAAAAACGUAAGUAUUGAAUUUGAGGAUAUUGGGACUCAGUUUAUUGUUGUAAAUUAUGCACUGAAGCCUAGAUACGCUACCAAGAUAAUAUGGUAUAUUUACUGAGCAUUGUAACCACACGAAAAACUAUGCAUUGAUUUUAUUGUUUGUUUAUUUAACAAAAUAAAAUAUUCUUAAAUGUU